AACACAGAAAGCUAAUAGGAAAAGGGCGAAACUUGAAGCUAUAUUAUUCACAGUUUCCAAACAAAAUCCCCAAUUAACCUUCUUCUCCCCUACUUCUCCCCUAAAAUGGCCCUAAGUAGGGUUCAUCUUCAUCUGAAUCUCCUUCCUCCACCCCACCUUCUACGAUUCACGACAUUCCAAACUCACCCGUUUCUCCACUGCCCCAACACCCCUCCAAAACUUCAAAUCUCAUGUUCCAGUUCCAGUUCCAAUUCCAAUUCAAGCAGCAUCGAUGAUAUAGAGUUAGCGAUGGAUUUGGCAACAGAGAUCGAAAAGAUGAACGCCCAGACGGUACAAACUCAAGAAGCCAUGAAAGCGAGCAGGAAGCUGCUGUAUAAGGAGCUGGGGUUGUACCUUGGAUUGGGAAAAGAGGAAUUGAGGAGAAAAUGGGAGAGAAUGGAACAAGAUGAAAAAUGGAUUUUGGCUGAAGAAUUCGUUUCAGAUUGGGGUUCAAAUUUUCAUCCGUUAUCUGCUAGAUCCGUUAAGGAAUUGGUCGAUCAACACUUGUUUGAUGAUGUCGAUGACGACGACGAAGACGAAGGUAAUGCUAAUAACAAAGAUAGUAGUAAUUCAUCUCAAGGUUCCUCUUCCUCCCCUUCUUCAACGUUAUUUAAUGGAUUGAAGAAACUCAUGGGAUUUUAAUAUCAUUUUUGUUUGUUACCA